AUGAACCAUGUGAAUGCUACCCAAGAGGAUUUGGAGUUGUUGCGCAAAGACCCACCGUAUCCUGAGAAGUCAUCCUGUAUUAUUAUGUGCCUAUUAGAAAAGAUUGGUAUAGUAAAGAACAACCGGUAUUCAAAAUCCGGGUUCAUGAUGGCAGUGGCACCGAUUGUUUUAGCAAGAAAAAAGCAGUUAGAUCAUAUGAGGACAGUUUCUGAGAAUUGUGAUAAAGAGGUGAAUCACGAAGGCGUGACUCCGUGUCUACUCGGCAAUGAAAUAGUUACAUGUAUAUACAAAUAUGCUCCUGAACUACAUAUGAAGAGUUAA